CUUGUGACGCCAUCAGCGAGCGCCGGAAGCAGGGCGGCGGCGGGGCCCGGUCUCUCAGGAGGGUGCAGGCCCGCUGGCGUAGCACGAUGCCGGCGGGGAAGGUUUUCCGGCGGCGGCGAGCGGACUCCGAGGACGAAGAAGAUGCGCAGGUGUCCGAGGAGGUCAGAUUAAAACUUGAGGAAGCAAAAGAAGUUCAAAGUCUCAGAAGACGGCCCAAUGGGGUGAGUGCUGCAGCCCUCCUUGUUGGGGAGAAAUUGCAAGAAGAGACAACGUUGGUGGAUGAUCCCUUUAAGAUAAAGACUGGUGGGAUGGUGGACAUGAAGAAGCUGAAAGAACGUGGCAAGGACAGGAUUAACGAAGAGGAUGACCUCAAUCUGGGAACCUCUUUCUCAGCAGAAACCAACAGGCGGGAUGAGGAUGCAGACAUGAUGAAGUACAUCGAGACAGAGCUGAAGAAGAGGAAGGGGAUUGUAGAAAGCGAGGAGCCAGGCAUUGAGAUGAAGUACAUCGAGACAGAGCUGAAGAAGAGGAAGGGGAUUAUGUUGAGUUGCAUUCCUGAAGUGGACCUGGGAAUAGAUGCAAAAAUAAAAAACAUAAUCUUUACUGAGGACGCCAAGGCAAGGCUGCUGGCAGAGCAGCAAAACAAAAAGAAAGACAGUGAAACUUCCUUUGUUCCCACAAACAUGGCUGUGAACUACGUCCAGCACAACCGAUUCUAUCAUGAGGAACUGAGUGCACCAGUGAGGAGGAAUAAAGAAGAACCAAAAGCCCGACCACUGAGAGUGGGGGAUACAGAGAAGCCAGAACCUGAGCGGUCUCCUCCAAAUCGCAAGCGUCCACCCAAUGAGAAAGCAACAGAUGAUUACCACUAUGAGAAAUUCAAGAAGAUGAACAGACGCUAUUGAAAUCUCUUCAGUAUGGGCUGAACAUUUUGCUGGAGCUUUUAAGUGAAAGGUGUUGUGUAAAUAACUCUGUGGGAUGGCUUCGUAUCCAUUUUUUUAAUGUUACCCAUAAGAUUUUUCUCACAGUAAACUUGUAGUGAAUUAGUUGCAUGGUGAUUGUGAAAUCAUCCUUCUCUGUGGUGACUUGUGUAUAACUUAUUUUGUUAUAAACUUUCCUUUGUAAAUAUGUUGGCUUCCUGCUUGACAUUUAUUUUAGCAUAAUGUCAACCUUGUUCAUAGAUUUUUUUUUUUUUCCACCUUGAAAAAGAUCUUUUAAAGACUGAAAUGUUUUUAGCCCGUAAACAAGGAGUACAGGUUUAAAGCUGGUUUUCCAGGUCAAACUUCCAAAGCAAUUUCAUAAGAAGGUUCUUCUUGAUAGUUCCAAAGGGCUUAAAUUGUAUGCAGUGUGUGGGUCUAAGAUACUGCAGGAAUUUGUUAAGCACACAGCAGGAGUCAGCUUCUUUUCCCGUUAGAGUGGGUACCAUGUAAGAUCUUGAACACAUGCUACUCUGCAGGGAUUGCAAUUUGGCAGGAUUUCUUAUCUUCAGUAUAAGGAAAUACAGCAGUUGCUGUAGGUGCCUGAAUUGUGAAUGUUUUUGAGAUUUUUAAAUUGUCCCCUGUGUGUGUUUGUGUUUCCAUAGCAAUGAGUGUUUUAUUUCAGUUGCCAAGGAGGAGAGAAAUCAGUAGAUUGUUUUCAAUUUUUGUUUGGCUUUCUGAUAUGAAAUCCUACAUUAUCCCUAUCUCAAAAAAAAAAAAAAA